CGAGUUGGUAUAAAUUCACUGAGAAAACGGUACACAGGAUUAUUCCAUUGCCGGUGGAAAUAAAGUUUUUCACGUGCAGUUAGCUACUCUUCUCUUGUUGUGUUAUUUGUUCUAUUUAUUGAUUUAAUUUUUAUAUAUUUGAUUUAAUAUGAAGAGGCUUAUGUUAUUUUUCGGCGUGGUGUUGAUGGUUGAAGGACAAUUGAAAUAUCCUCAAUACAAUCCUGACUAUUAUGGUCGACGGUUUGCAAUUUUACGCCAAAGCCAUGAUCAAGAUUUCGGCGGUUCAUAUGCUUUCAGUUACGACACUGAAAAUGGGAUAUCAGUAGCUGAACAAGGACAACCAAAGAAUGUUGGAGGUGCAGGACAGGCGGAAGUUGUUCGAGGGCAAUAUAGUUACACAGCACCUGAUGGGACACCAAUCUUGGUUACUUAUCAAGCUGAUGAAAAUGGUUUUCAAGCGAAUGGCGCCCAUUUACCAACUCCACCACCAAUUCCAGCUGCAAUUGAACGGGCCUUGGCCUAUAAUGCAGCUCAUCCUGAAGAAGAGGACCCAUACAAUAGAAGAUAUUAUGGGCAAGGCAAAUAAAUAACAAUGGAAAAAAGUGGCGAAUAAAUGAAUAGACAGGUAAAAAGAAGAAUGAUAAACUAUAUUGCCAAGCCUAGUUCGAUGAGAUGCAUCGAACGAAUGAAAAGAUUACCGAUUGGAUAAAUGAUGAAUCGUUUAUAACUUGCUUAUUUGUUUAUAUUCAUGUGAAUUAACAAGAAGAAUUGUUGAAUUCUGAAAAUGUGCUUCCAAUAAACUUCAAUUUGUCUCUUA